GUGAAAUACGUGGAGUGCACUUUAGAAACCAUUUUACUCAUCAUAGGAAUUUUACUUGAUAUUCUGGAAAGUACUAGUAAUAUUGUGCAUAUUUGUAAAAAUAAAAACAACUAAAUUGAUAAAAUGGGAAGAAAAAGAGGUAAUAAAGAUAAAAAAGAAAAGGAAGAUGUACAAAAAGAUGACUCUAAAAAUGUGAAGGAGGCCGAAAAAAAAACGUUGAAUGAACAAGAUAACAAACCUGGAACUUCAGGUAUCAAAAAAGUUGCUGAUGAUUUCAGAGAACUGAAGGUUACCGAUCCCCCGCAACAGCAACAGCAAAGAGAGCCCCAAAUUUUGAGAAAAGAACAAAGUUUAAUGCAACAACAACAAAACCCACAGCAGAAACAUGAGCAACCAUAUAAGAAAAAAGAAAAAGACGCAUGGAAAAAAAAAGAAAGAAAAGAUCAGCAAAACCAAGAGCCACAACAGCAGCAACUUCCAAAACAACAGCAACAACAACAACAACAACAACAGCAAGACCAGCGGAAUCAAAAAGAGCAGCAACAAGACCCGAAUGCUUUUUGGGCUUCCCUCCCAAAGCAACAACAGCAGUAUCCAAAACAACAGCAACAACAACAGCAACAGCAAAAACAACAACAACAACAACAGCAACAGCAAAAACAACAACAACAACAACAGCAAGACCAGCGGAAUCAAAAAGAGCAGCAACAAGACGCGAAUGCUUUUUGGGCUUCCCUCCCAAAGCAACAACAGCAGUAUCCAAAACAACAGCAACAACAACAGCAACAACAACAGCAACAACAACAGCAACAACAACGGCAAAAACAGCAGUACCCAAAAGAGCAACAACAACGGCAAAAACAGCAGUACCCAAAAGAGCAACAACAACAACGACAACAACAGCCACAACAGCAACAACAGCAACAACAGCAACAACAGCAGUUCCCAAAAAAACAACAACAACAGCAAAAACUUGAACAACAACGUGAAUCCAGAGCAGGAAGUGUUAUUUCUGUAAAGUCAGAGAGCGUAUUUUCACGAGAAAGUUCUUCAUCUAUUUCUUCAACUGAACAGUAUAAAAGAACUGAUAUUAAUUUAGAUAGAGGAACGAAAGGGCGUAAAAUAUUACUUGAAACUAACUAUUUGGAUUUAAUUAUUAAAAAAAUGAUUGAUUGUGCUUAUCAUUACGACAUUAGGAUGGAACCCGAUAAACCAAAACGUAUUCUUCGUCCCGCAUUUUUGGAAUACUGCAAAGCAGUACAUCUUCCUCCUAAUAUUAAGCUGGCGUUUGACGGGAGGUGUAACGUAUAUAGUCCAUUGCGCUUAAGCGAUGAUUACGUUAAAACUUGUAAAGUAAUAGUUACAGACCAGUAUGGAGGUGGGAAAGAAGUGACUGUCACUUUAAAGGAAACCGAGUCAUUGGAAAUUGAUUUGAAAUGCUUGAAGGAAGACUAUAGGAAUUUGCCGAUUUAUGAUAAACCGAUGCGUGCGUUGCAAUGUUUAGAUAUCGUUUUGAGAUCUCCUUGCUACGACAAAGCAGUUUUUGGUGGAAGAGCAUUUUAUAAUCCGCCAAAUUCAAGGAUUGAUUUAGGAGAUGGAUAUGAAUUAUGGUUUGGUUUAUUUCAAGCUGCGGUUUUAGGUGAAAGACCGUUGCUUAACAUUGAUAUUUGUCAUCGAUCAUUUCCAUCGGAAAUGCAGGUUCUGGAUCUGAUAAGUGAAUUGCCAGGCGGUCGUUUUAACAUAAAUCUCAAUGAAGUACUUGAUAGAAAAUGGAUAUUAAAACUUGAUGAUACCUUACGUGGUUUAAAGGUAAUUUAUAGACCACCAGCAUGUUUUUCUAGUAAAGACAAACCGUACAAAGUAAACGAAAUAAAGCAGUCGUCAGAUACAGAAAAAUUUAAAGAUGAAAAUAACCGAAUUAUAACUGUUGCUCAAUAUUUUGCUUCACGUAACUAUCCAUUAAAAUAUCCAAAAAUGCCAUGUAUUUGGGUCGGAAAUCCUCAGAAAACUAUUUACAUACCCGCUGAAUUUUUAAGGAUAGAAAAAGGGCAAUAUACUUUAAAAAAAGCUGGUCCUGCACAAGUUCAAAAAAUGAUACGAUUCGCUGCCACAACAACUAAUGAGCGCAAACAAAAAACAAUGAGAGAGUUCGAUAGGUUCAAGCAUAACUCCGAUCCAACUAUCAAAUCAUUUCAAAUUGAAAUUGGAAAAGAUUUUAUUAAACUAGAGGGACGAAUUAUUGACGCACCAUCUUUGCAAUACGCGAACGGAAAGUGUCAGCCCUCCGAAGGAGUGUGGGAUCCCUUUCGCAAAAAUUUAAAAUUUAUAAAUCCGACUAAAGCAAUGAAAUGUGCAGUGUUAAGUCUUGAAAGAUAUGUUAAUGAAGGAGAUGCGAAAAAAUUUGCAGACUUUUUGAAGAAAGGUUCCAACAUUGGUGUCCAGCUUGAAUUUCCAAUAAUUCGCACAUCUGAUAUGCGAAAUGUCGAAAAUUGUUUUGAAAGAUUUAAAAGUGACCAAAUUGAACUUGUAUUUGUUAUUCUCAGUGAAUUUAAUCAAGAUAGUUAUUCUAAAGUUAAACAGUUAGCUGAAACGAAAUUUGGGUUACUGACGCAAUGCAUAAAAAAAAGAACGAUUGAGAGAUGUAAUAUGUCUACUAUACAAAAUAUAUUGUUAAAAGUUAAUGCAAAACUGAAUGGCUCAGCGCAUGUAGUCGAUCAGUCAUGUGUUACAAAUAUAUUAAAAAACAGAGAUGUAAUGUUUAUUGGAGCAGAUGUCACACAUCCUUCGCCCGAUCAACGAUCAAUACCAAGUGUUGUUGGAGUUGCAGCCUCGCAUGAUCUUGAUGGUGUUAAGUAUAAUAUACAAUAUCGAUUACAAGAUCCCAAAAAGGAAAUGAUUUCAAAUAUGAGUGAAAUCUUGGAGGCACAUUUGCAAAUAUACCAUAAAAAUAACAAAUGCUAUCCGAAAAAAAUUAUUUACUACCGUGAUGGUGUUUCAGAUGGACAAUUUCCCCAAAUUAAAAAGUAUGAAUUAUUAGAAAUGGACAAAGCUUGCUAUAAGUUGAAAAUUCGCCCUGCUAUAACUUGUGUUAUAGUACAAAAGCGUCAUCGUACAAGAUUUUUCCCGCAGCAGGGAGUGGGAAAAUUCAACAAUGUUCCACCAGGAACUGUAGUUGAUACGGUUAUAACACAUCCAAAUGAAUGCCAAUUCUUUAUGGUGUCUCAUCAAUCUAUACAAGGAACAGCUAAGCCAACAAAGUACGCAGUUAUACGGGAUGAUUCGAAAUAUAAUAUUGAUGAUUUACAAUCUUUAACAAACAAUUUAUGUCAUGUAUAUACAAGAUGCACUCGUGCUGUUUCAUAUCCAGCUCCAGCUUAUUAUGCGCAUUUGGUUGCUUAUCGAGGAAGAGUUUAUAUUGAAAAUGAAAGAAUUAAUUUAUCAAAGCUAGACAUGGAAUAUGACAAGCGACGAAUAAAAUUUAACCUUGAUCAAAGAAAUCCUAUGUUUUUUGUUUAAAAUAUUUUCAUAAAAUUAAAAAUUUUAAUAUUAUUUUUAUAUAUGUUUGUUUGUAUAUAUAUACAUAAUUAGGUAUAAAUUUUCUGCUUUCGUAAAUUUGGAUGAAUAAAAGUCAUGAAAAACUUAUAAAAUA